AUGGUGGACUUGUUGGCAUUGAAAAAGCCUGAUGCUAAGAAGUUCUCGAAGAAGAACGAAAUCAGACCAUUCGAAGACGCAACUGGCUUGGAGUUCUUCGCAGAAAAGAACGACAGCUCCUUGAUGGUCUUCUCCUCGCACAACAAGAAGAGACCCAACACGCUUACCUUCGCUCGUUUUUUCAAUCACAAGGUCUACGACAUGAUCGAGAUGUCUAUCCAAGAGAACCACAAGCUUCUCCAAGACUUCAAGAAAGUCACCUUCCCAGUCGGUUUGAAACCCAUGUUCACUUUCAACGGUCCUGCCUUUGACAGCCAUCCUGUUUUCCAACAGAUCAAAUCAUACUUCAUGGACUUCUACCGUGGAGAUGAGACCGACUUGCAAGAUGCCGCCGGUUUGCAAUACAUCAUUUCGUUAUCCACCGCCGAGAUUGAGGAUCCAAACUCGACUGUUCUUCCGUUGUUGCAUUUCAGAGUCUACAAAUUGAAGUCCUACAAGAGUGGACAGAAGAUUCCUCGUGUUGAGGUUGAUGAGAUUGGUCCUAGAUUUGACUUUAAAAUUGGCAGAAGAAUUACACCAUCGCCAGAGGCUGAGAAGGAUGCUUUGGCCAAGCCAAAGCAGUUGCAAGCCAAGGAGAAGAAGAACGUCUCCACUGACUUCAUGGGUGACAAGGUGGCCAAGAUUCACGUCGGUAACCAAGACUUGAGUAAGAUGCAAACCAGAAAGAUGAAGGGUUUGAAGUCUAAGUACGACCAGGUUGACGAGGAGGAGUUUGACGGCGAAGACUUCCCUGAAGACUACGAGGAGUCUGCCGCCAAGAGACAAAAGGUUUAA